CUGCUCUCAAAUUGGUCUUCGCUAUCAACCAACAAUACAUCUCCACGCGUCUCUUUCCCUCUAACCCUAUCCAGUUUUUAGGGUGCAAAUUCUUCCUCAACUCGAUUCUACCUUCAACAAACGCACAAAUCUUCCUUUUCUUACUGUUUUUUCUUCUUAUAAUUUGGAUUCGCAACGCCUACUACCGCUUUCUAGGGUUCUCAUCCCCUCGGAGCUUUAUUUCAGUCGAGAAAGGGUUGAGGAUGAUCGAGUGUAGUUGGUAACGGUGGUUUCGUGUUAUUUGAGCUCAAUUUUGAGAAGCUCUAGUAGAAGAAUCGAAUUACAGUCAGGAACAUGAUGAGCAUAAAGGAUUGGGUUUUAUCUCAGUUGGUUUCAAACUCGUUGGUCUCGGCAAGACCAUUGUCUGGCAGUGACAGUUUCUUUGAAGGGGAACGCGCUGCUAACGACUUCAGCAUUCAUGGUUCUGCUCAAACAGCCAACUCGCCACCCCCAGAGGGUGCUGACGUGUCACGCUCUUCUGUUGCCAACCAAGAAAGCCCACAUCCUUCACCACUACAGCAAGUCACUUUUGAGAGUUCUCGUCAGCCUCAUCAUGCAAACGGGGAAAUCAAGUUGGAGCCAUUGGCAAAGAUAGAGCUGCUUCAGAUCAAGUUCUUGCGUCUUCUUCGUCGGAUUGGCUGCUCUCAAGAUGAUCUCAUGGUGGCCAAAGUUUUGUACCGGAUCCACCUGGCAACUUUGAUAAGGGCAAGAGAAUCUGAUCUUAAAAGAGUGAACCUCAGCAGUGAUAGGGCUAAGGCGAUUGCAAUAGAACAAGAAGCAUCUGGUCUGCCUGAGUUGGAUUUCUCAUUUUCAAUACUAGUCCUAGGUAGAACAGGUGUUGGCAAGAGUUCAACUAUCAAUUCCAUACUUAAUCAACCAAAAGCCAGAACGAAUGCAUUCCAACCUGCUACUGAUCGCGUCCAAGAAAUUUUGGGGACCGUUAAUGGUAUCAAGAUAUCUUUCAUCGAUACACCUGGUCUGUUGCCUCCAUCACCAAAUACCGUUGGAAGAAACCGGAAGAUUCUGCGCAAGAUCAAGAGGCACAUCAGAAAAUCCUCUCCAGAUAUGGUUUUGUAUCUAGAACGGCUUGACCUAAUUAACGAUGGUUACAGUGAUUUUCCUCUAUUGAAGCUCAUAACCGAAGUAUUCGGUAGUGGAAUCUGGUUCAACACCAUGCUUGUCAUGACUCAUUCUUCCUCGGCUCUUCCUGAAGGACCCAAUGGAUACCCUGUCACUUAUGAAUCUUAUCUUGCCCAGUGCGCAGAUCUUAUACAGCAUUACAUUCACCAGGCUAUUUCUGACUCGAAGCUUGAAAAUCCCAUUAUCUUUGUUGAGAAUCAUCCUCAGUGUAAAACAAACAUCAAUGGAGACAAGAUUCUUCCAAAUGGGCAGAUUUGGAAAUCCCAGUUCCUUUUGUCAUGCUUGUGCACCAAAAUCUUGGGAGAUGUCAACAAACUUUUGGAUUUCCAGGAUAGAAUCGAAUUGGGAAUAUCAAAUAGCACCCGACUACCGUCUUUACCCCAUCUUCUUUCAUCUUUUCUCCGGCAUCAUAAUUCAAACCCAAAUGGAGCUGAUAGUGAAAUGGACAGUAUUCGCCUUUCAGAUUUGGAAGAAGAAGAAGAAUAUGAUCAGUUACCUCCUAUACGAGUCUUGUCAAAAUCCCAGUUCAAGAAACUGUCAAAAUCUCAGAAAAACGACUACCUUGAUGAGUUGGAUUACCGAGAGACCCUUUAUUUAAAGAAACAGUUGAAGGAAGAGCUAAAAGCACGAAGAGAGAAGAAGGUUUCUGAGGAAAGCAAUAGUUCCAAUGAAAAAGAGGAGGUGCCAGAGCCUGUGCUUUUACCAGAUAUGUCAAUUCCUCCUAGUUUCGACCCUGAUAGCCCUUUUCAUAGAUACCGUUGCCUUGUUUCAAGCGACCAGUGGCUCGCUAGACCGGUUCUUGACCCCCAUGGUUGGGACCAUGAUGUGGGGUUCGAUGGAAUAAACCUAGAAACAACUAGUAAAAUAAGCAAAAACUUUUAUGCAUCAGUUACCGGACAGAUGAGCAAGGAUAAACAGGAUUUGAAUUUGCAGUCAGAGUGUUGUGCAGCUUUUGUGGAUCCACGAGGGCCCACUUAUAGCGCAGCCCUGGAUGUUCAAUCUUCAGGUAAAGAUCUAAUCUACACCCUUCAUGGUAACACAAAGGUUAGUGUUUUAGAAGGCAAUAAUAAUGCAGAAUGUGGAGUAUCUUUAAUGUCUUUUGGGAACAAUUACUAUGCUGGUAUGAAGCUGGAAGAUAGUUUUUGUUUAGGGAAGAGAGUGAAGUUUGUGGUGAAUGGUGGUCGAAUGGGGGGCGUUGGACGGGUGGCUUAUGGCGGGAGUUGGCAGACGAUUGUACGAGGGAGAGAUUACCCUGUGCGAAAUGACAAGGUUAGCCUCACGAUGACAGUGUUGUCAAUGAACAAAGAGAUGGUUGUGGGUGGAAACAUAGAGUCUGAUUUCAGGAUGGGGCGAGGGACGAACUUGUCAGUAAAUGCUAAUCUGAACAACCGAAGCAUGGGACAGUUAUCGAUCAAAACAAGUAGCUCUGAACAUCUGGAAAUAGCAUUGAUUGCAGCUGCGUCAAUUUUGAGGGUCGUGUUGCGGCGAAUGGGAUCGAGGAUCAAAGAGCAGCGUCGAGAGGAGAUCGGAUGAUCUACUUCUGUGAAUUUAGUUUUUGGUUACUUGAGUUGAGGGUGAGGUAGGGAGGGUUUUCAUUAUUCUAGUUCCAUUUUUGAAUCUGUUAAAAGUUUCAGUAUAAGGAUAAUACAAGAUAUGGUCCAAAGUGAGAUGAGAAUUGUGUGAAAUAAUUGUAUAUUUUUAUUUUGAGGAAGGAAUUUUAAGUC